AUGGUGACGAAAGCUGGAUCAACUACAACAAUUUCCACAGGAAAGCACAGUGGGUCAGUCCAGAUAAACAGGAGAAACGCCAAGAGAGAUUCUCAAUAUGUUCACCCCAAGGUUAUGCUAUCAAUCUGGUGGUAUGCACAUGGGCCAGUACUUUGGCAAGUGCUGUAUGAGGGAGCUACUGUUACUGCCAAUCUCUACACGCAGCAGCUCCGAGAUUUGAUGCGAAUCGUCGACCAGAGGGUAGAAGAAGUUCGAAGGUCUACUCGAGGAGGUUCUUCGAGGGAGUUGCAAAAGAGGUGA